UUCCAAUUGACAAUACAGCUCUAGCUCAGUGUUUCCUCAGUAUUGGCUGCAAACUUGAUCAUAUUUCUGGAGUGGGACUCGAACACAAGCCAUUCAUAUGGUUGGUGUGUGUGUGUGUGUGUGAGGUUUGUGCAGAGUAAACACCCUGCAGACCUGGGAAAGGGUUAAAGUUUGAUCCUGGCUGGGUAGCAGCUGUAGGGGGCAGUGUUGGUGGAGGUUUGCAGCUGGUUGCAGCGCCCCAGCUUGUGGUUCUGAGGGAGCUGCUCCCUCCCGGUGACGUCAGCGUUUGGUCGGACGCUCAGGGGGCAAAUGGCUGGGUGAUCAUGUGACCCAGGUCAGGUGACUGCCGGGGACUCACCAGACCCGGAAGUUGCAAGUUUAUCCAGAAACUGCACUUUCCAGGAACCAUCAGGAGCCAGGUCGAAGGGAUUUUGUUGUUGGGGAUGAAGAUACUCCCAAUAUUCCUCGUGAUAUUACUCUCCAGCUGUGGCCACUCAUUGGACAAUGGCUUAAUGAGGACCCCGCCCAUGGGGUGGUUGGCAUGGGAACGCUUUCGCUGUAACACAGACUGUGACAAUGAUCCUGAAAACUGCAUCAGUGAGCGCCUGUUUAUGGACAUGGCUGACCGGUUGGCAGAGGACGGUUGGAAGGAGCUUGGCUAUCAGUAUGUGAACAUUGAUGAUUGUUGGGCAGCAAAGGAAAGGGACUCAGAAGGGCGGCUGGUGGCUGAUCCCAUCCGAUUUCCCAGUGGAAUCAAAGCUUUGGCUGAAUACGUCCAUGCAAAGGGCUUGAAGCUUGGUAUUUAUGGAGAUCUGGGCACCUACACCUGUGGUGGCUAUCCAGGCACCACACUGGACCAGAUUGAGCUGGACGCUCACACCUUUGCUUCUUGGGGAGUGGACAUGCUGAAGUUGGAUGGCUGCUACUCCAAUUCCUCUACCAAGGCUCUGGGCUAUCCGUUGAUGUCAAAGGCUUUGAACGCCACAGGCCGUCCAAUUGCUUUCUCGUGUAGCUGGCCAGCUUAUGAAGGAGGUCUGCCCCCUCUGGUGAACUACACAUUGCUGGGAGAGAUCUGCAACCUGUGGAGGAACUACGCUGACAUUGACGACUCGUGGGAGAGUGUUCGUGGCAUCAUUAACUGGUACUCGAGGCACCAGGACGUGCUGCAGCCCGUGGCUGGCCCAGGGAAGUGGAAUGACCCUGACAUGUUAAUUAUCGGGAACUUCGGCCUGAGUUAUGAGCAGUCUAAGUCCCAGAUGGCUCUCUGGGCCAUUCUCGCUGCUCCCCUCUUUAUGUCUAAUGAUUUGCGGGCGAUCACCUUGAAGGAAGCUUCCAUCCUACAAAACAAGCUGCUAAUCAGGAUUAGCCAGGAUCCACUGGGAGUGCAGGGCCAAAUGCUACUGAAGGGUAAGAACAAUAUCGAAGUCUGGAUGCGACAGCUUUCCUCAUCAACUAUGGCACUGGCUUUCUUCAGUCAGCGCACUGACAUGCCUUAUCACUACACGACGUCUCUUGGCCAGCUCAACAUCACUGCCCCUCAGCUGUUCUCAAUGCAGGAUGUUUAUUCAGGGCGGGUCCUGCACCAGCUGGAGAUCGACACCAAGUUCACUGUCACCAUCAAUCCCAGUGGAGUCGUGAUGCUGUUUGUGUAUCCGGAGAUGCAAUUAGUACAGGAUUGGGACAAGAGAAGGCCGGAAUUCAGCCUCUUGAAACUGUGAAGAGGUCUUCAUUACCUUUAGCAACAGCUAUAGACUUUAUUUUUCUCAGGCACGUUGACACAAUGAAUGUCUGUUUUAUUCUCAAAUUGAAAGCUCAGUCAUGCAAGAAGGGUAUACCCAAUGCCUUCUCUUUUCAGAGUUUUGUGGGCGUUAUUUUGUACUUUUACACCCAAUUUAGUUUACUGUGCUUUGUGGAUGAUGGGAUGCCUGGAAUUUGAGGGACUAAAGCAUCAGCUAGUU